GUGGUCAAACCCGCCCACGGCGUACUAAGGAAGGGGAGUACAGGUCAAUCUUUGAUGCGCAUUGCCCUAUUAGUGAUCUUCGGUGAGGUUUCCAGGUCAUUUCACACUUUCCAAUUCAUUGACGUCCGAUCAGGACUUUACAACAACGGACUUCACGAAGGCACAUUUGGGAUCCUGUGUUGCUGAUAAAUGGAGGAACGGAAGAAUGGAACAGAAUCCAAACUCCAACUACUUCAAAGACGAAUUCGUGCAUUCCCAGACUUUCCGAAGAGGGGGAUCGUGUUUAGAGAUAUAUGCCCCAUCCUGAAGGAUCCAAAUGCUUUGACGGCGGUUACUGACCUGUUUGAACAACAUGUGAGGACCAAUCACUGGGAGGUGGACCUGAUUGUCGGUUUGGAUGCUCGCGGUUUCCUUUUUGGGCCUCUUCUUGCUCAGCGUCUGGGAGUUGGUUUUGUCAUGGUCAGGAAGAAAGGAAAACUUCCAGGAGCUACUGUGUCUGUGGCUUAUGACUUGGAGUACGGGAAGGCUGAAGCAGAGAUCCAGGAGGACGCCGUGGCUCCACGGCAAAAAGUGGUGCUUCUUGACGACCUUUUGGCAACUGGAGGUACUCUGUUUGCGGCUUGUGAGCUUAUGAAGAAACAAGGUGCGGAGAUUCAAGGCUGCAUGGUGGUCAUCGAGCUGACGGAACUGAAAGCAAUUGGACCGGUUCCAGGACCAGAUCCAGCGCAGUGGACCCGUUUGUAAAACAGCUUUGAGUUAGCCCGCAUCAAACAAAGUUUGAUUCCUCUGAUAUCAACUACUCUGUAUUGUGAUUGUAACAGUAUUAAAGGAGAGAAUAUUAUAUUUGCACGAAAUUCAGACUCACUUGAACAAUUACUAUUACGGUCUUUACAAAAAACACCUUCAGGAAUCAUCAUUUCUACAGCAAAGCAUGCUGGGAAAUGCAUCAUUUGCCCAUUCCACACAUUCCAACUAACCAAUGCCAGCUUACACAUCUCACAGAUUGUGAUGUUUUUGUGUUAGCUCCUUGCCAGACAUUUACAGAACGACCAUCGUAAUAUAUCCACGGAUAUAGCCUACAUACAGUAUAUCCUUCCAUCAGAAGGUUUGACACCCCAGGCCUAGAAUAUUGCAGGAGUCUGAGUGUUAUGGUAAAAUUCGUAGCUAUCAUUUGUGGCCAAGUCACAUGACACUAAGUGUAUUUUAGUUCAUCUACUGUAUCAUCUUGUAUUUGUACACUUUUAUAAAGUCAUGAGUGUGUA